AUGGCUGAUGGAAGGAUCAAUUACGAUCCACAGUUUAAGCCAGUUCAAAAUAUCUAUGAAGACAGGUUAAGACAGUUCAUUGAUACAGGUGGAGAUUACCAUGAAUUAAAUUUAACAAAAUUUUAUGACAAGAAGAGAAUAUCUCUGGAUCAAAACCAUGUUAAAGUAAAAUGGUAUCAAGUUCCAUUUGAAAAGGGAUCAUCACCUGUCUCUCCAGAUAAGAGACCAUCGUGGGAAUCUAUCAUCAAGAGUGACAAGAAAGGUGAAUUGAAUUUCAAAGAUGCCUAUAAAGGUCAGCCUUUCGGGCCAAGUUGGUCUACUACGUGGUUCAAAGUUCAUUUAUCUGUCCCUCAAGAUUGGGUGGAUACAAAUGAACAAUUAAUAUUUAACUUCAAUUGCAACAAUGAAGGUCUAGUUAUUGACCCUGAAACCCUAUUACCUCAGACUGCCUUUUCUGGCGGAGAAAGAGCCGAAUAUUUACUUCCAAAACAAGAGAACGGUGAAUAUUUCUUUUAUAUCGAAACUGGUAACAAUGGUAUGUUUGGAUGUGGUUCGGGAUCAACAAUCAACCCACCAGAUGAUAACAGAUACUUUCAUCUAGAUUCUGCUGAUAUUAUCUUACCAGAUUGGGAAGCGCGUGCUCUGCGUAUUGAUUUCUGGAUGCUUUCUGACGCAGCUAGAGAAUUACCAGGGGAAACUUGGCAAAAGCAUAGAGCAAGACAAUUGGGUAACGAUGUAAUGACUAUGUUUGAUCCACAAGAUAGGAAAUCUAUUGAAAAAUGUCGUGCAUAUUUGAAGAAAGAAUACUUCGAUAAAUAUACAGAUGAUAGAGCUGUCUAUUUUCAAGGUGACGAUAAACAACUAACAAACGUUUAUGGUGUAGGUAACUGUCACAUAGAUACUGCUUGGUUGUGGCCAUUUGCCGAAACAAAGAGAAAGAUCGUCAGAUCGUGGGCUUCACAGUGUACUAUUAUGAAUGAAUAUCCAGAGUAUCAAUUUGUUGCCUCUCAAGCUCAACAAUUUAAAUGGUUAUUAGAAAACCAUCCAAAGUUUUUUAAUGACGUUUUAAUCCCAAAGGUUCAAGAUGGUCAAUUUAUCCCUAUUGGUGGUUCCUGGGUAGAAAAUGAUACCAAUAUCCCAAAUGGUGAAUCACUGGCUAGACAAUUUUUCUUUGGUCAGAGAUUUUUCUUAAAGUAUUUUGGAGUGAAAUCUGACAUUUUUUGGUUACCUGACACAUUUGGUUAUUCAUCACAAGUUCCUCAAUUAUGUCAAUUAUCUGGAUUGAACAAAUUUUUAACGCAAAAACUUUCAUGGAAUAAUAUCAAUAGUUUCCCCCAUUCUACAUUUAAUUGGGCUGGUAUCGAUGGUUCGGUCUUGUUGACCCAUAUGCCACCAGGUAACACCUAUACAGCAGAUUCACACUUUGGUGACGUUUUACGUUCUGCAAGACAAAAUAAAUCCAACGAAUUCUACGGCUCCGGGUUAAUGCUUUAUGGUAAAGGUGAUGGUGGUGGUGGUCCAACUAGAGAAAUGAUGGAAAAAAUGAGGCGUAUUAGAUCCAUGAGUAAUAAAAAUGGUAACGUCAUUCCAAAACUACAAGUGGGUACUUCUGUUGAUGAGUUUUAUCAAGAUAUCUUAGACCGUACUAAUGAUGGUGAGGCAUUACCUACUUGGAAUGGUGAGUUAUACUUUGAAUUCCAUAGGGGUACUUACACUACCCAAGCCAAAACCAAAUAUCUAAUGAGAAAGUCAGAAAUUAUUAUGCAUGACCUUGAAUGGAUUGCAACAAAGACAUCAAUACUUUAUCCAGAUGAGUACAACUAUCCUAUCAAGCAGAUCAAUGAUUUAUGGGAAAAUAUCUUAUUGUGCCAGUUCCAUGAUGUUUUACCAGGGUCAUGUAUUGAGAUGGUCUACAAGUACGAAGCUGUACCAAUGUUAGAGGGGGUUAUCACAAAAUGUUCUGAUUUGAUUAAAAAGGCAGUAGAGUUUUUGAUGGAUAAAACACAAAAGAAAAACGAUGUUACUUCUAUUUCUACUCUUGACUGGGUUUCUUCAAGCAUCGAACAAGAUGAUCUUGACCAAUUUUCUUCACGAGUAAAGGAAACUGAACAUAAUAUUUGCUUGUGCAAUGGCAAAUUAGAAGUUGUAAUCAGUAAAAAAUCAGGUGCGAUCACCAGUAUUAAGGAUUUACCAACCUCUUCUCAAUUUUUAGAUAUUAAGAAUGGGAGAAACAAGCUAGGUGCCAAUCAAUUUGUUUUGUUUGAUGAUAAGCCAUUGAAUUGGCAAGCUUGGGAUACUGAAUUAUAUUCUGUUUCACAAUACAAGUAUCUACAAGAUAUCGAAAAAGUUGCAAUAAUUCGUAAUUCUAAAUCAGAGGUUGCUGUUGAAGUUAUUGUGAAAGUCUCUCCAGGAUGUUCAAUUAAAUCAACAAUUUCAUUAAAGGCUACGACGUUUAAGACUCAGAACAACAGUAAGAUUGAUAUCAGUACCCUGGUUAGAAAUUGGGAUGCCAGAAACAAAUUUUUAAAAGUUGAAUUUCCAGUUAACGUCCGUAGUGAAUUUGCUUCUUAUGAAACGCAAUUUGGUGUCACUAGGAGACCAACAGUCUAUAACACAUCAUGGGAUGUGGCCAAAUUCGAAGUAUGUCACCACAAAUUUGCUGAUUAUUCCGAGUUUAGUAAGGGUGUAUCAAUUAUUAAUGAUUGUAAAUACGGAUUUUCCACCCACGGUAAUUUAAUGAGACUAUCAUUAUUACGUUCUUCAAAAGCCCCAGAUGCCCAUGCUGAUAUGGGUACACAUCAAAUUAAUUAUGCAAUUUAUCCACAUAGAGGCCAAUUAGGCACAGAUACUGUUAAGCUUUCCUAUGAGUUUAACUAUAACAAUAGGUAUAGCAUUCCUUCUGAAGUAGUGGAUUCAUUUAAAAAUGUUGUUAGUAUGUUAGGUGACGAAAAUGUUAUUUUGUCAAACAUUAAGAGAGGUGAGGAAGAUGCUUCAUUAAAAUCCAAUUAUUCUUUGAACCCAAAGAAGGAAAAAAGUGUUAUAGUGAGACUUUACGAAUCCCUCGGAGGUGAAUCUAGAGCUUCUUUGGUUACUUCCUACCCAUUGAAAUGCGUAUGUAAGAUAGAUAACUUAGAGUUAAAGACCUAUGAGAAAUGUGACUUUGUUACCGCCGAGGACAAAGAUAACGUUACAGAAAUUCCUAUCGUUUUGAGACCGUUCGAAGUUGCUUCCUACAAGUUAGUCUUUGCAUGA